CGCAUAUAAGCGACCGUAGCGGUCCGUGGACAGUGAUCGCACGUAAAUUACGCAGGAUUGUGCGUAGCGCUGCAGCGGCUUGGAGCACUGUGUGAAUGGAGCCUCAUAAAAUGGCGGAUCGUAGUGAAGAUGUAGAUGCAGAGAGUGAAGAUGAAUUAUAUGAGGUGGUUAACAUCACAGAUUAUGCCAGGAGGCAUCAGUGGUGGAGUCUUGUUUUUGGGAACAGUACAGGACCCAUUGCAGAAAAGUACUCUGUGGCUUCACAGAUCAUGAUGGGUGGAGUGACAGGAUGGUGUACUGGUUAUCUUUUUCAGAGAGUUGGAAAAAUUGUGGCUACUGCUGUUGGAGGAGGAUUUCUUUUGCUACAAAUUGCCAACCACAGUGGCUAUGUGCAGGUUGACUGGAAGAAAGUGGAAAAGGAUGUCAAUAAAGCAAAAAAGCAUCUGAAGAAAAAGGCAAACAAAGCAGCCCCUGAGCUCAAUUCCUUUAUAGAAGAAUCGACAGAAUUUGUGAAGAGGAAUAUUGUUAUCUCAGGUGGAUUUGUUGGAGGAUUUCUGCUGGGACUUGCAUCCUAAAUGAAACAUGGAUCUACUGUAUUACCAAGUAGUUUGCACAUUAAUAUUUUCCCUUAUGUCGGUGUCACAGCAAUACAACCAACACUGGAACUUGAUGUAUUGUCUGAAGCAGUGCAAUGGACAUUUGCUGAACUGUUGUUCUAAAUAUAUUCCUCUACAAUGCUGAUUAACUGUACAUAGCUUAAUCAUCCUGAUGAAGAGAUAUAUUGUGCCAAUAACUUUAAAGAAAAUUGUAGGUGUGGUUUUGUUAUUUUUUUAUUUUAUUUUGCAUACUCUUAGUAAGACAUCAACAUGAGGUUUGUUAUACAACUAAAGUGUUUCUUACUGUGCUGUGUUUUUGACAAUACAUUAUUAGAGUUAGUUGGAUAAUUUCCGUGAUAUUUACUUGUCCAGAAGCAUGUAUUGUUUUUUUGAGUGUUUUACUUUCUUUGUGUUUUCUUUUUUUUUUAAAUAUACAGAAUCAACCACCAAUAACAUGUUUGUGGAAAAUAAAAAAAGUAUGUCUUUCUGGUUGUUUAUGGUUUAUUCAUGUUGUUUUGAUUUUUACAAGGGGGAAAAAAUAAAACCUUAACUAAGGUUUAAAAAAACAACUUUAGAUAAUUCGUGGUAGACAAAAGCAUGGACUUCUUUACAUGCAGUAAUAUAUAUAUAUAUAUUUUUAUAUAUAUAUAUAUAUAUUUUUUUUUUUUUUUUUUUUUUUUUUACUGCCUGUAAAGAUAUAUACACACAUGUAUACAUGUUAUCCAGGUUGCUCUGAUAGCGGCCUUCAGCUCUUCUGCAUUGUUGGGUCUGGCAUCUUCCUCUUCACAAUACCCCAUAUAUUUUCUAUGAGGUUAAGGUCAGGCGAGUUUGCUAGCCAAUUAAGAACAGGGAUACCAUGGUCCUUAAACCAGGUACUGGAAGCUGUGGCACUGUGUGCAGGUGCCAAGGCCUGUUGGAAAAUGAAAUCUGCAUCUCCAUAAACUUCCUGCUAUAAGGCUUUGUUGACCUUGGACCUCAGGAAACACAGUGGACUAACACCAGCAAAUGACAUGGCACCGCAAACCAUCACUGACUGUGGAAACUUUACACUGGACCUCAAGCAACUUGGAUUGUGUGCCUCUCAUCUCUUCCUUCAGACUCUGGGACUCUGAAAUCGAAAGGAAACGCAAAAUGUACUUUAAUCAGAGAACAUAAAUUUGGAACACUCAGCAGCAGUCCAGUCCUUUUUGAAGUGAGAUGCUUCUGACGCUGUCUGUUGUUCAAGAGUGGCUUGACACAAGGAAUGCAACAGCUGAAACCCAUGUCUUGCAUACGUCUGUGCGUAGUGUUUCUUGAAGCCCUGACUCCAGCUGCAGUCCACUCUUUGUGAAUCUCCCCCACAUUUUUUAAUGGGGUUUGUUUCACAAUCCUUUCCAGGGUCCGCUUAUCCCUACUGCUUGUACACAUUUUUUCUCCCACAUCUUUUCCUUCCCUUUGCCUCUAUACUAAUGUGCUUGGACACAGAGCUCUGUGAACAGCCAGCCUCUUUUGCAAUGACCUUUUGUGUCUUGCCCUCUUUGUGCAAGGUGUCAAUGGUCGUCUUUUGGACAACUUUAAGUCAGCAGUCUUCCCCAUGAGUGGGUAGCCUAUAGAACUAGACUGAGAGACCAUUUAAAGGCUUUGCAGGUGUUUUGAGUUAAUUAGCUGAUUAGAGUGUGGCACCAGGUGUCUUCAAUAUUGAACCUUUUCACAAUAUUCAAAUUUUCUGAAAUACUGAUUUUGUCUGUUAUAAACAUCCAAAUUAAAAGAAAUAAUCAUUUGAAAUAUA